UCUUUAGCUGUACCGAGUGUUUGAUCGAUCGGAAGCGUUGAGACGAGUAACGUUUAUUCCUCGGUUUCAGGGUGUUUUGGCUGGUUUUUGACUCCCCUUCCCACAAAGCCUGUUGUUGACCGUGAGGAAUUUGCUUCGCGUGAAAUUUCCAGGCGCCAGAUUUAUCGAGCACAAAGUUGACAGGCAAGCUAGCUAGCUAGCCACCUAGCUAACUCUUGGCUAGCUUACUCGCUAACUAGCUUGCAGUGCUGGUCGGAGAAGCCCAUUUUUUGCAGGCAGUUUUGGGGGGCGUCGAUUUGUCAUUGCACUGCAACUAGUCGUGGUCACCCCCCUCCCCCCUGAAAUCUGAAGGCUGUUUGCGGUUAGGUUUAGAGCGGUAAGCCCGUUGCUCCUAGCUAGCGUGCUCGAUAUAGCCUGCUAGCUAAUACCCUGCGUAUUUAGCCUGGAAGCCAACUCAAGGCCUCAGUCCAGCACCACCAUCAGCUGCCACUACCACCACAGUAUUUGCAUUGCCGUGCAGUGAGAGUUGACAGCUUACUUGGUGACACAGAGACUUCUCCCUGAGGAGCCAAGAAGCAGACGGCUCAUGACUUCUGACCAGGACACGAAAGUUGUAGCUGAACCACAGGUGCAGCAAGUACAAGAGGCAAAAGAGAACUCUCAUUUGGAAUCAGCCAAGGUUUCAGACCUCAACCCCAAUGCGAAAGCAUGGGCCAACCACAUGUUUAGCCUGGACCCCAGCGGAAGUGCUGACACCACAACUGCUGCCCUGCAGCCAUGGAAGGAAGGCUGCGAUAGUUUGGCCGACCCCGGCCCAGAAGGCUAUGAAGCCAGUGAGGACAAGGCUUUCAAAGAGCCCCUACUAACCGACCCAGAUGAGCCUCCACCGGUGCCGGUAAUGCUGGCAGAGCCAGCCCCCGUGGCCUCCGUCACCCUGGAGUGCUCAGAGCCAACAUACACAGAAUACCCCGAGCCUGGGCAACCAGGGCGCACAGGCAGCGAUCCCCAGCAAGAGAGUCCGCAGGAGGGCUUGAGGGAGCACCUGAAGAAGACCUUGGAGUUCUGUCUUUCCAGGGAGAAUCUGGCCAGUGACAUGUACCUCAUCUCCCAGAUGGACAGCGACCAAUACGUGCCAAUUGUGACGGUGGCCAACCUGGACCACGUCAAAAAGCUCAGCACUGACGUGGAGCUGAUCGUGGACAUUUUACGAUCUCUGCCACUGGUCCAAGUGGAUGAGAAGGGGGAGAAGGUGCGACCCAAUCAGAACCGCUGCAUCGUGAUCCUCAGAGAGGUUCCUGAGAGCACGCCCAUAGAGGAGGUCGAGGCUCUUUUUAAAGGGGAUAACUUACCCAAGUUCAUCAACUGUGAAUUUGCCUACAAUGACAACUGGUUCAUCACCUUUGAAUCAGAAGCAGAUGCACAGCAGGCAUAUCAGUAUCUUCGUGAGGAGGUGAAGACCUUCCAAGGGAAGCCUAUUAAGGCGAGGAUAAAGGCGAAGGCAAUCGCUAUCAACACUUUCAUGCCAAAGAACGGUUACCGUCCGGUGGAGGUGAACCCAUACGCCCAGCAACGCUACACGUCCUACUACAUCCCACCGGUUUACAGCCCCCAACAACAGUUCCCCUUAUACAGCCUCAUCACUCCACAGGCCUGGUCGGCCACACACAGCUUCAUCGACCCCACAUUGGUUGCACCAUUUCACAACAACCAGUUCAUCAAUGGAUUUACCACGUCACACAGUUUCAAACCAGCAACAUCGCCCCUCACAGUCAGACACUACUCUCCCAGGAACAGGAAUCACAGUAAACCUCAUUUGAGGCCAACCAUCCCCACAGCGGACCGCAGCACGGGCCUCCUGGACAACCCGGGUCUCUUCCCCAGCUUCCCCAGCGAGAGGCUCAACGGUGUUCGCAGCAGUCCGCCAACACGACUCCCCACCAGCCAGCCCAGAACCAGGUUACCCUCCACCGCAGCCUUCCCCCGCAGGGACACCGUGGGCACAGGACGCGUGACCGAGCCCACAACCCCAGACUACUCCCUGGGCAUCGGCCGAGGAAGGAAAAAUGUUUCUGCUUCUAGGAAAAAGAGGGACGAAAAGUUUACAAGAGUGACGCCUCAGUCGCCGCCUCCUCCUCCCAAACCUCCUUCUCCGAGCUUCGAGCUGGGUCUCUCCAGCUUCCCUCCCCUGCCCGGAGCCGCAGGCCAGCUCAAGACAGACGACGUGUUUGACAACCGGCUGGCCAGCAGCGUAGUCGUGGGAAAUGCAAAGGAACGGAAUGUAAGUGCUGAUUCCAGUACUGGAGGAGCUCUCUCUCCAGCGGGCCCCAAAGAGCCGCUUCGGUCCUCCACCUCACCGAUGCCCACAAGCUUCCAGCCCUCGCCGACUACCCCGACCCCAACCUCAGCCUCGACCCUGACCCCAGCCGCCGGCCCACCACACAGUCCUGCUCCCUCCCUCCCAGCAGCGGAGGCGAAGGUGACGGAGGCGAAGCCGAAGGAGAUGCAGUUGUCUGUUGAGCGAGUUCCGGGCACUCUGUCCACCGCAAGCAAAUCAGUGCAAGUCAACGGUGCUGCCACAGAGCUAAGGAAGCCUUCCUAUGCUGAGAUCUGCCAGCGGGUAAAGGACGCCCCGACAUUACAGCAACCACAAACCCCCAAGGAAGCCAAGCCAGCCUGCACCGCACCCGCAGGCGAGGAGAGGAAGUGCCCCGACGCCACCACCCCUGCAGGGGAGGCCAAGGCCAGAGAGACAUACCCUCCCUCCUCCAAACCCGGCCCGGCGGCCGUCACACCGGGCAGACCCCCGAGGGAGGCCCGAAGGCCGGCUGGGCGUUGGGCCUCCCCGCCCCCACACCCAGGGAAAACCCCCAGCAAAGAUCCCCACCACACCCCACCAAAGUCCCCGCAGGAGGGUGCCUCCCCACACCGCCCGGAGUCCUCCAAUCCCCCCCAGUUACGCUCCACAGAUGCGUUUAAAAAGAAGAAAUAAAAGUCAGGGCUACUCAAUACUUAUAUCCCAGAAUCACCAGUCACAAGAAUAGAGGACGCCUUCUUUUCUGGAUCAGGGCUUGCAGACAAAAAGCACUUUACUGUGCAUGUAGAGCACCGUUUCAUUCUUUUUAUUCUAUUUAUUUGCUUUUUUUUUAAUUCUCUGUUUUAUUUCUCCUUUUUUCUUUUUGCAUUACGUAGUUGUGUCAGCCUGUAAGUCGGCACAGACAACACUGAAAUUUAUUCAUUCUGUCCAAAUGGCCUUGUGGGAUUAAAUUAGUCUUGUGUGCGAAGCAGCAGGGCAUUGUUGGAAGCCACCCCAGUGGAUGAUGGGAAAGAGUGCGUAAAACAGACUCCACCUUGUUUGGCUCUCAUAGUGAGGGGUUUGUUUGCAUGUUGAGUGGCACUGUUGUGCAACUUUAUGUAGCUUAAUUAUGGGUCAUAGUUAGAAGAUGUGUUUUUUAAUACAUAUUCACAUCCAUAUGCAAGACUUAACAUCUUAAUGUCGUCACAACAGGACUCGGAUCCUUUUGGUGUAUAUCGCCUCAGACUGAUUUCAUUUGUUCUAUUUUUUUCAGAUUUAUUUACACAAGAUGACUUUUGUUGAUGUUUUUCUUCUUCAGCAGCUCAGCUUUGUCUGUGGACUAUCGGUACAGUUACUCCUGGUAAUCACCGCUGGGUGCCACCUCAGCAAUGUCUUUCUCUGAUCAUUUUGUCUGUAAAAAAUCACCUCCCUCUGCUGUGUUGUUGAUUUUACUGUUUGCUAACACUGCUAACUAGGUAGCUACAUCGCAUAGCUUGUAUCUAAUGGCCGUGAUGUGAUAUAAGUGCUGUUUUUAGCAUCAGACAAGAAGGGCAUGUGAUUAUCCGCAACCAAAAGACAAAUUAGGCAUGGAGGCACCAUGUUGUCUGCCAACAUUUGUUUGUUGAAAAUGUCCGGACGUGGUUUAAGGUGUUUUUUUGUUUGGUUUUUUAAGUUGCUCGCAGUGUGUGUGAAGACAUCUAAAUUAUCGGGGGAAGCUAAAUUUUCCUGGCAUUGCGUUUUUUGGGAAAAGCAGAGCAAGCUCUCACAGCUGCCAAGCUCUCCUCUCUUCUCAUUUGUAAACUGUGGAAUAAAACUUUGAGCAGGCACAUACUGUCGAAGGAAAAUGCAGGGCGCAUUGUAGGCUUAAAAUCCAGUUGUGAUGAUAAAACGUCCGCUUCCUGUCUGAAGCGAUUCGUCCCACUCUGUAAGAGAGGAAACACUGGUGAGUUGCAUUCAGAAAGAAGGAAAUUAACACUAGCUACCAUUGAAAUGCUCAGUGUGAUUGGUUGUCAUAAGGGGGAGGCGCUCUUGUUCUGAACUUCUGCUGAGACAGCACGACUCUUGAGGAGAAAAGUGUUUGUUUCCUGCCUGAAUUCAGAGUGGAGUUGUGGUACAGAGAGUUGACAGUGGGAAGUUUCGUGUUUUUUUUCUUCUUCUUGGUGCUAGAAGUCAAAUCCUGGAACCUGUUACAACUCAUCUGAUUUUGUAUAUAGAAAAUACUUGAUUUACAUCGACAGAACUUCGUUUGCACUGUUAGCGUUUUCUCUUGACUCACAGGCAAAUUGAUCAUCCUACCUGAAGCGAAAAAGGGAAUUGUUUCUGAAGGGAGGAAAAAAAAAAAGUAAAUUCCAUUUUCCAGGAGCAAAUGAACCCUGCGACACCAUCUCUGUGGACACAAUCGCUAAAGCCUUUUUGUUUUCGUUGUUGUGCCUUGUGGAUGCCUGUUGAACACACUGUGGUGAGGAAUGGACGUUUGUGCCGCGUCUUAACAGAUUUUUCUAGCUUGUUGUCUUUUUGCCGGCUCGUUGCAGAUGCUAAUAUUAAUUUUUUGCUAAAGGACUUGGUGCUCUUAUAGGCAUGCUGUGGUUUGGAUUUUGGCCUCUUGUUCGGUAUCAGUGAGGAUUUUCAUUAAAAGAGUGCUUGUAAAACUGUUGAACAUGGAAAGUGAGACGCUUGAAUAGACCUAGAAUGUUUCACUGAAACUAAGCUGAUGGAGGUGAAUGCUGAGUGGGUUUUUUUGGAAUGUAGUUUGCCAUGUCGGAAUGUGAACGGGAUUUUGUCUGGAGUCCUGUCGGGGCUCAUUUGUUGAACCAAACAUCCUUUAAAAAAAAGCGUUCAACAAACAGGCAGACAAGAGCAGUUGGGUUUACAGCAGGAAUGUGACGAGGGAAAUCUGAAACAGUCGUGUUAAAUUCAUCUUCAGGAUGAAGAUGUUCAGCUUCCCCCUCUUCCUCUGCGCAGUCUCUACCACUGGGGUUGUCUGCUUUAUUUUUCUGUCAGCAUGCUCUGUCGUCAGUUUGUUCUUGUUUGAGUUUUCACACUUUGAUUUAUGUGGAGUUAUUUCUGGAAAAAAAAAAAAAGAAAGAUUGACCAAAGCACACGGCCCCUCUUACUGCUUCACUCCUGUGUUCCUGGGAGAAAUUGCACCUGACAGGACUUAACUUAAAAGCACAGAGUUUUAAGGGUAAACAACCUUUUUACGUCUUUUACUCACCUUGGGCCCGCAGAAUGUGCCUCAGGAUGAAGACGCUAACAGUUCGGGCUCAAUGGGACUGAAUCGAGCAACAUUUUGGAAGACAGCUGUUUGUCAGGGAGCUGGUGGAACAUUGGAACAACAGUGAAGUAGCAAGACGUUGAAGCAGGGAGGAAACUUGUGUUAAAUUGAAGCUUUGGUUGGGAGGUCUGUCUACUGUAGCAGUCACUUUGGCAGAUAACCGACCAAGUCGUGGAUGUUUUACUGUAUUCUAAAAAUGUAAUUGGCUGGCAAAAUAGUGAAAAUCAUUACUGUAAGAGUUUUGAAAUGACUCCAAAUAGCAGACGCAUGACUAUACUAUAAUUGCGAAAUGUCAAUAGUUAGUGUUUUGGGGGCGUAACUGACUUGAAGUGAGUUUCCCUCCCUGAUUAUCAGUCGUGUGCUGGGGUUUAAUCUUUUGUAGUUGUCACUUCAGAUGCAAAACACCCUUAAAAACCACUGUACUAUACACAAUAUCUGUUUUUUUGGGGGGGGGGGGGGCACAAACCUACACGACGUGGGACCUCACAUGUCUCGCCAAAGUCUUCCUGCAACAAGAAUCAUUCUGGGUAAUUCCACUGAGAGAAAACAGGCCAUCUAGAGAGGGGAAAGCUUCAUUUAAAAAGCCUAUACUCCCCCUCAGAGCUGCUUCUGAUUUGGACGCAAAAUCUUGAGUUUGCUUAAAAAAAACAAACAAAUAUAUAUACAUAUAUAUAUAUAUAUAUAUAUAUAUAUUUUUGAUUUUUUUUUUUUUUUUUUUGAAGGACUGAGAUGCACUUGGAUGGGUCGAUUUUUUUUUCUCAUCGGUGGAAAUGGUAAAAGAGAUGAAAAUGCACCAUAUCCACUUAUUUAUAAACCAAUGCUGUUUAUUCCAUGAGAAAUAUCGUUAAGUUUUCUUUUUAGGGAGA